AUGUCUUCUUCCAAGCCCACCCUCGUCUUUGUCCCUGGCGCUUGGCACAGUGCUGAUACAUGGAACAAAGUCACUGCUGAGUUGGAGCCUCGGGGCUACAAAACAGUCUGUAUCACACUUCCCUCGACUCAAAAUGACCCGACCAAGGGUCUGUUUGAGGAUAUCGAUGCAGUCAGAAAGUCCAUCCUCGCCGAGACCACCCAAGGCCGAGAUGUCGUCGUCGUAGUCCACUCGUACGGCGGUAUGCUUGGUCCCAGUGCUAUCAAGGGACUGACUGAAGCGACGAGUGAGCGACCUGGACGCGUCAUUGGCAUUGCAUUAAUGGCGACUGGCUACUGUUUUACGGAUCUUGGCUUCCUCGAGGGACUUGGUGCCCCGCCUCCUUUUUGGAAGGCUGACACAGAGACAGGAUUUGCCACGCUUCUAGUGGAUACGAGGGAGCUCUUCUACCACGAUCUCCCAGAAGAAGAAGGCAAAUACUGGCAGAGUCGACUGUUGCCACAGGCCUUGAAGCCACUCACAGACAAAGGAAAAGAUCUAGUCUACGCCGGCUGGAAAGAUGUCCCAACCAGGUACUUGAUCACGACGGACGAUAGGACUUUCCCCAUCGAGGUGCAACUGGCCAUUGCCCAGGGUGCCAAAGACCAAGGAGCGGAUAUUGUUGUCGAGGAGAUUAAGUCGAGUCAUUCUCCAAUGCUCAGCAAGCCGAAGGAGACUGCCGACUUUAUCGAGAGAGCUGCGGAAUCUUUUGUGGGCAAGAUGAAGGGGGCCUAG